ACACAGUGGAGAGUUUCCAUUAAAAUGACAAACAUCUGAGAGAAAGCUGUAUAAAUCAUUUUUUUAAAAAAAAUCGUGUUAUGCUCAAUCUACAUCUUUGCACAGAAAGAACAGGAUAAAAGAGAUUCAACAUGAUAGUCGAAAUCUUUGUUGCCAUUCUCACUCCACCUUUACUUUACGUGUUGUCCACCUAUCUUUAUCAUCUAUGGGAACUUCGCAAGUAUCCAGCUGGUCCGUUCCCUUUACCUAUCAUAGGUAACCUUCAUCAACUUGGUAAGAAGCCUUAUGAAUCACUUGCUGAAUUGUCGAAAAUCUAUGGAGACGUGUUUGGCAUCAGCUUUGGUAUGACACGGGCGGUAAUUGUGAAUACUAUUGAAUCAACCAGAGAAGCACUUAUCACGAAAGGAGAACAAUUUGCUGGAAAACCACAAACAAUCUACACACUCGAAUUUCUCUCUAGAGGAUACUUAAGCAUAGCUUUUGCAAACUAUGGUCCUGUGUGGUCAACCUUACGAAGAUUUAGUCACACUUCAUUUAAAAUGUAUGGUGACAACGUCGAUCAGUUAAUGAACUUGACAAUCAAGGAAAAUGAUGACCUUCAUAACAGAUUAAACACUUUGAAAGGGAAACCAAUUGAUGUCAAGAACGAUCUUGGCUUAUCGAUAUUGAACAUCGUUUGCGGUGCCGUAUUUGGACGCCGUUACGCACGGGACGAUUCUGAAUUUAAAGACAUUGUUAAUUAUGUGCUAUUAGUAGAUAAAGGUUUAGCUAGCAGCUUUAUCUUUCUAUCAUUUCCGUGGUUAAGGUAUUUUCCGAACCCAGCUUUUAAUAAAAUUAAAAGAGGGGUGGAAAUCAGAGAUCCUUUAUUAAAAAGUAAGUUAGCACAACACAGAAGUUCGUUCGAUGGAGAAAGUGUGCGAGAUUUAACUGACGCAUUAAUAAAAGUUACGUCAGCCGAAGAAAGAUCCUCUUUCACGGAGGAUUAUCUUGAAAUAAUUAUGCACGAUGUGUUUGCAACUUGGUACGCAGCAGUGUUGACAACGAUGGAGUGGCUCAUUCUCUAUAUGCUUCAUUGGCCUCAAUACCAGGGGGAAAUGUAUCAAGAAAUAAUUCAACAUGUUGGAACUGACCGCUACCCAGAUUUAAAUGACUGUCCCUCACUCCCCAUGAUACAAGCCUGUAUCCAUGAGACUUGGAGGUUUUCUUCGCUGCAUCCAUUAGGUCUACCACAUACAUCUACCCAACAAAGCAGCAUUGGAGGGAAAGACAUUCCGAAGGAUACCGUUAUAGUCUUCAACGUUUGGAAAAUAAACCAAGACAGAAACCAUUGGAAGAAUCCGGAAAAAUUUGAUCCCACUCGAUGGCUAGAUGAAGAAGGUAAAUUCAAUGCCGGUCAGCAUACCAGCUUCAUAACAUUCUCUGCUGGGAGAAGAAAAUGUUUGGGAGAAUCAUUCGCCAAGAAUCAAUUGUUUGUUUUUUGCAGUCGCUUGUUCAGAAAUUUUAAACUGGAGAAUGUUCCUGAUGUUCCAUUGCCUAGUUUGGAAGGGGAAUUAAACGUUACGUUGACCCCAGUGCCAUAUAAAGUUAUGUUUACACCAAGGGAAAACAAUCUUAUCUGAUCUUUAUUUGUUUUAAAAUGACUCUGUACCUUUAACCUCCAUGCUUGCACGUUGAAUUUAAAUACAUCAUUUAUAAAAAUAUUUUUUAUAAUAAUAUUAAGCUGGUAUUUACUCAAAAUAUUUUGGGUAAGCGAGUCUAAGUCUUCGUAAUAGGUAUAUCAUUGCAAACAGUAAGGUUCCAUUGACGUAAACAGAGUUCUAAGUAUUUUUCUGUGAUUUUUUACACCGGUUCUUGAAUAAAAGUUUCACGAAUAGAACUUUAAAUUGGUCAAGAUUUUUAUUUAUUGAUCACGGAAUAGUCAAGAAAUUGUAUUUUUAAUUUUUUGCUUAAAAAAAAAUAGAUUCAAAAACAACAGUCACAAAACUGUGCCUCUUUU